CACUCAGCAUUCUUUUUUUUUUAUACAAAUCAAUAUUCUACGACCGAAUGAACUUGUCAAAACCAUCACCUUACUCUGCUGCAGACGUCCCAGGUUUACUCUACGCGUCCUUUAAUCAGGACUAUGGAUGCUUUUCCUGCGGGCUCGACACUGGGUUCCGAAUAUAUAACUGUGACCCAUUGAAGGAAAAAAUGCGCAAAGAGUUUGAGGAUGGAGGUAUCUGCAUUGUUGAAAUGCUUUUCCGUUGCAAUAUUCUCGCUUUGGUUGGUGGUGGCAAAAACCCAAAGUAUCCACCCAACAAGGUGAUCAUUUGGGACGAUCAGAAGAAUAGGGCUGUUAUCGAAUUAGAAUUUAGGAGCGAAGUUAAGGCAGUGAAAUUACGGCGCGAAAAAUUUGUCGUAGCUUUGAAUAAUAAGGUCAUUGUCUACAGCUUCGAUCAAAAUCCCACCAAAUUACAUGUCUUUGAGACUGUCGAUAAUGACAGAGGUCUCGUAGCAUUAUCCUCAUCCGAGAAACACGCAAUCUUAAUUUUUCCGGGGCGGCAAAGUGGACACAUACAGAUCGUGGAUCUCAAUAAUAUCGUACCUACAACAGCUGUAUCAGCUUCUGCGGCGCUACCGUCAUCUCAACCCAACCCAUUCUCUUCCAACCCUCAACCGAAAUAUCCAAUGGCUAGCACGCGACCUUCAGCCAACAUUUCCAUUAUCCCUGCACACACAAGUCCACUAUUUUGCUUGGUGACGAAUGCCGAUGGAACAAAGUGCGCCUCAGCAUCUGACAAAGGGACGCUAAUUAGAGUGUUUGAUACUGGGUCCAGCAAACUUUUACAUGAGUUCAGACGAGGCGUCGAUAGAGCGGAGAUUUACAGCAUUGCGUUUAAUAGCGACUCCACUAGGAUCUGCGCAGGAUCUGACAAAGGCACUGUUCAUAUUUUCAACCUUGAAGGUGUAAAUGGAUCCAGAGUUUAUCAAUCAGGAGUAGGAUCACCAUCUGCUGGGCCUCACUAUGGCGAAGUCAUUCAACCGCAUCAUACAACCCACAUGGUGACUGGGAAUAGACAAUCAAGCUUAGCGUUUAUGAAGGAUUUGUUGCCGAAAUACUUCUCAUCAGCAUGGUCCUUUGCACAAUUCAAAGUUGCUGCUGAUUGUCGUUGCAUUUGUGCAUUCGGCGGCGAGAAGAACACAGUGAUUGUGAUUUGCGCCGAUGGAAGUUUCUACCGAUUUAUGUUUGAUCCACAGAAAGGCGGUGAAUGCGUACGGGAGAGUUACAGAAAGUUCUUGAAGGACAGCGAUGAUGAUUAGCACUUCUAAGCCUGAACCAUGGACCCUACGAUUGUUAUUUAGUGGUGAUAUCUAUUAUAGCUCUUACACCAUUAUACAGGCAGAAUGCCUAUUUAAAUGCCUUUGAAAUGCUAAUAAUCAGGAGUAGAUAGAAAGUGUUUGGCUCCGCUCAGCAGAUUACAAAAGAGUCCUGGUCGAGUCUAAGAAGGUGUAUUUGAAUUGUGCCAUGUUUUAGUAAUCCUCAAUCACCCUUAAUAACUACGGCUAUGGUUAAAGUACCUUUUGGAAUCUUUCGAGACAAACUCUCUAAGUGAGAC